GACGACAUUACUUUCGGUUUCUUGUCGCGAAGACGAAAACUUAUCACCAAGUAAACAGCAAUGACAGUAAGUUACUAUCCUGAUAAAUACUCACAAGGAGUGGAGUACUUUGCCUUCACUACAUUGAAAAUAUGGCUUUCUUUACUGGAAAUAUCAACGAGGUGAUUGAGUAAUCGACGCACGGGCUUUGAUCGAUUAUACUUAAACAUUUAGAAAUCACAAGUGAACGUUUUCAGAUCAUUAAUGCUGUAAGUUUUAUCGAUGCUUUAGAUUUUUAAUCGUCCAGCACACGCCAAUAUAUAGAGACUUUGGAGAAACUGUGUCUAUAGAGCCAGGGAUUUUCCUGACAAGACUUAACUUUCAGUUUCGACGAAACGGUCCGAGGAGUAAACAGUGGCGCAGUAAGUAGAAGUAGAAACGGGUUGUUGUUUCUUUGGCUUGGGGAUGAAUUUUAUUCUAAUUAGAUUAAAUAUAUUGCACAGCUAAUUUAGCAUGAAGAAGUGAGAGGAGAACUACAUAUGCACUGAAAUAUGAGAAAUGAUCAUCUCCGGGAGUGAAGGGGAUUUCUCUAGGUCAGAAAUACCCUAAAUAAUUCAUGUGGAUCCUGUCAGAUGAUGAAGUAUAUUAUUGCAAAAUUUUCGGUGUUUAUUUCGAUUUUUAAUACACACUGAAGAGGCACUUGAUACAACCAAUAGUAAGAUUGUAAUACAAUGGAACUUCACACAAAUAAGUUGUGUCAAAAAAGUGUCAAAACUGCAGCAAGAAAGGACACAAAUUUACAAAGGGAGAAAAAAUCUUUUUUUGUCAGUUUUUCAUAAAUAGCACUUUUUUCACAAAUGAGCAUAGUGUAUCUAGCUUUUUAUGAAACCACAGUCUUUUUAACCGGCUAUUUCUAUUUUUUCAAUGUUUUUUUUUUUUUUGUUGUUGUUUGUUUGUUUUCAGCCAUAUUUUAAAUGAAUGAGCUUCAAAUACUUCAAGAUAACUUUAUUCAUCAUUUGAUCCCGAGUUUGAGUGUAAAUAUUCUGUUGCUUGAAGCGAAGAUAAAACUUGGUAAAAAUCAAUAUACUUUUCCUGUAUUACAUACUUGCAUCAGACAAAUGUAUUCUUUUACACAGCUGCUGCUUGGGUCUUGUGCAAGAUUUCUUAGGCGUUGAAGAUGAAUCAUCAACAAUACCCCCUAGCAGUGAAACCAUCUGAUCAUGAUGAGGUAACUGAAUAUGUAUAUUGGGUGUGAUCGGGUUGUUUUUGUUUGUUAAGUGUUUCUUUUUAUGGGUUGUACUUAAUAUGUUUGAGUGGAUGUAAUAUUGCAUGCAGGUUUGUCCUCGUCACUUGAUGGUUUUCUCCCUCUUGUUCCCAGAUGGAUUUGCCAGUGGAGGCUACAGUACAUUUGAGUAGUUUCUCCAACAAGACAGAGGCCCGAAACAUCCUCAAGUCACAUGGCUUUGAGCUAAAAGACCUGAGCAGUGAUCAGGUGCGUGUCAAGGGGUCGUUUCUGAAACUUCAAGCAGCAAAGGCGUCUUUGGAAAAACUUCGAUCCAAGACAGACAUUCCUCCGGACACAUACUCUCCGGUUUUGUCUGGAGCCACUUCCAAAUGCUUCAACCACACUGCGAGUGCAAGAGGCCGAUCGGGGUCUCGAAACAAGUCACCGCUUGCUUCUCCAUCUUCACCCAAAGCUCCGUCACCUGUGGCAUAUGGAUCCACCAAAAACAGUCGAGUCUCUCCAGACUACAGGGGUCCUUUUACUCCAGGACCAGACCAGAGUGGUUCAUUCCAACCUGAAAGAGAGUCCUUUCUUGUCGAUACAGAUGUGUUUGAAUAUGCAAAAAAACUCAGGAAAAAAGACAUAGAUCUCAUCUUGGAGAACCAUAAUGUCAUCAUGAAAGAUAGCGAUAUUACUGAAGAGAGUUGCAGCAUUACUUUAAUGGGGAAAAAUGCAAAAACAGCUGCAGGUAAACUCCAGAAUCUCCUGUGUGAUCUCAACAAAUCACUCCGCACUCAAGAAGUUCCUCUGAAAGACAUGGAUCACGAAGGCCGAGCUCUCUGGGAGAGAAUUCGUAAAAAUGAAAACCUCCAUAACUCAGUGCUUGUAAGUCAGACAACUGAUAAACUCCACCUCAUAGGAUCAUCUAAAGAGAGUUAUGAUCUGAAACAGAGGCUGUUGGGUGAACCGGUCGGCAACUCAGGACGUACAGGGAGGACACAUGAGAGAAACUCCAGGCUGAGGAGCAGCUCUUUGCCACCAAUCAGUAGAAGGAACACAGGCAGAGAUACAGGCGCUAACACUAAUCCAUCUCCUGGGGGUGCUGCAGGUUACUCCUCAUCAAAGUACCAGAGUGACAAACAGAACCAAUUUGAGCCUAAGCCUCCAGCGGCAACUGGUUUUAAUCCAGGUAGUUUGUUCCGAAGAAGAAGCCAGUCUGAGUCCCGCAAAAAACCCAAGACACAACAAACUUAUGUUGAUUUACAAGAAACACUAAAGAAAUCUCCAUCUGCUAAACCACCCAAGACCACAUUACGGCAAUUACUGAGUACUGAAAAUAUAUUGCAGAAGUUAAAAAGUAGAAAUACAAAGAAAAAUGAGAAGUAAUGGACUUUUUGGUGAAAGUACAAACUUUCUCUGUCUUGUUUUUUUUUUACCCUGUUUUAUCAAAUCUGGAGUCAAUUUAAGCUCCUAUGAGGAGUUUAUGAUAGGUAUUGAAACAGACUAAAAUGAACAGUCCUGCAUCUCUAUGACGUACGAAAGCAAGUUAGACCAUUUCCCUGAGGCCAUGCUUACAUUUUAAAGUAUGUUAUGAUUUAUGACCAACAGCCUCAAACUCAUAGACACUUGAUUAAAUACUAUUUACAGGAGAAGCCAAGUUGUAAACCUUCCUUCAUUAAUGUACAUCUUUACACACUUAAGUUUAGAGUCACCAUUUCACCCAGUUAGCCUUUCACUGGACUGUGGGAACCAGCAGGAGUAUGCACAGGGGGAAUUAAGAAACUCCACACAGAAAAGCCCCUGCAUGCUUUUGGAUUGGACCAGAACCCUUUUUUGCUGUAAGGGCAACCCAGCCUACCACUACAAGACCACACAGACUUUUUUUAAGACUAAACUGCAAAUACAUCUUUUUCUGUUUUAUCGACUAAUCGGUUAAUUGAUAGCACUUUAUAGCUGAGGAUUUGAGUUUUUUUUUCCUUCUGCUAUACGCUGAUUAUGGCUAAUACUGUUUUCUUCAAAAUCUGAAACCAUCAUCCUCCAUAAACACUAUUUGAUAGCUCUUGAUAAACACAAUUGUAUUGGACAAGUAAUGGUUAAUUUGCACUUUGAAUGUUUCUGUUGUGAACACUAUUUUGCACUAAAUUAGAGAACUUCUGAAUGUCUAAUAAAAAAAACUGACACAAGUUUGACAAUUUGGA